GUUGCAGUUUUGGUGCCGCAGCAAAUCUUCACCGACUCCCUUAUAACUAUGGUCAAACGUGCGAGGAAUCACUGGCCACAAACCAUUUCACUCGACCUUCCUACGGCGCACCACUUGGCGCAAAUGGUUAUGGCGACCGCUGGAGAAGGCGCUCUAGUUAUUAUCUUCAGGACAUUUUGACUGAUUCUGACAAACAUGAGGCCAUUUUAAGAUUCAGAACGUACAGUAAGUGGCCUGCAACCAGUCCCGUUUCUCCAGCCGACCUAGCCGCCGCCAUGUUUGUUUACAGCGGCACUGACGACAUGGUGAAAUGUGUGUCAAGUUGCAAGGGGGCGCUGCGAAAUUUCGAAAAAGGAGACACGGGCGUUGGGGAGCACGUGCGACAUUUUCCUCGCUGCGAGUUCGUCAUUCAAUAUCGAUACAAUCCUCAAUUUUAUGAUGCAGUCAAGAUUUUCCUUGAAGAGAAUCAAUUUCAGUUAGAAAACGUUAGGCCUAUCCCAAGUGGUACCUGUUUGGCACUACCUCUCCCAGCACGCCCAGAUCUGAUUGACGUGCGGGUCCGCUUGGCCACCUUUCAGAGAUGGCCGCCCGGAAUAAGUCAAAGACCCAGAGAACUCUCCGAGGCCGGGUUUUACUACCUGGGCGUGGGCGACCGUGUCAAGUGUUUCCAAUGUGGCGGAGGGAUGUGCAACUGGCAAGUCGAUGACAAACCCUGGGAAAUGCAUGAAGUAUGGUUUCCAAACUGUGCCUUCGUUCAGCAGCAUCUAGCUCAGAUACAGACAGCAAUCUCCGGAACGUCUAAGGGUAGUGGCGAGCACUCUGGAAAUAAGAUUGAAACAUUCGAGAACCACUUCGCUGUUUCUGCAGACCUAGAUAACAAAUCGACACCACAGUUGCCUAGCAACUCUACAGCAAAGCCUUCUAAAAAGAAACAGAAAGUUGACAUGACGAGACCGUUCGUACGUGCAGUGUUACCGUUUUUCUCCGAGGAUUUAGUGCGCAAGGGGAUUAGACGAUAUUGGAGAGAAACAGGGAAAGAAUUCAACAAUGCAGAAGAGCUGAUGGACUAUUUAUAUGAAAUAGAAGACAAAGAUAUACCAACCGACUCUUCUGAAUCGGACAGCGAAUUAGACCCGUCUCUACCUAGAGGCGCUACCAAUCCAAACACAGAUGAUGAAAAUGCGUUGCAACGAGAGACUGUGACAAACUCUCCGCCACUACCUACACUGAAAUCACCCAACAGUUUCCUGAUGUCUGCUAUGAAAAACGGACCAGGCAAGGAAGAAGACCCUGCUGACGAAGUCACACUUUUAGAAGAAAACCGUCGCCUCCGAGAGGAAAAAGUUUGCAAAAUUUGCCUAGAUGCCGAGAUUUCGACCGUCAUUCUACCUUGCGGUCACCUUGUUUGUUGUGGUAGCUGUGUCGUUGCAUUAAAAGUUUGUCCUAUUUGCAGAGGUCGCAUUCAAGGCACGGUUAAGACAUUCUUGACAUAGCUGAAACCUCACUACCCUUUACUGGAGUCACGGUGAAAAUUCGUUAUAUAUUCACAAAUAUUUCUCUUAUAAUGUGAACAGAGAGGUAUCUCCCCCUCCCGUUAAUAUAUUUCUAUGGGAGCCUAUGAUGGCGCUGAAAUUUGCGAGUUAGUCGGAUUGUUUCUGCUGGAUAGGAUACAGGAAGAAACAUGUGAACCGACGAAGAUGUCCGGCAUAGCAGCGCCCGUUACAUCGGUAGGACUAUAUAGGGAUGACGGCCUCGCCGUGAUGAAAUCUUGCGGUGGAAGCGCAGAUGACAGCAUGAGAAAGGAUCUAGUCCAGCUCUUCAAAACGUAUGGCCUUAACAUCACUGUAUCCACCAACGAUAGAGCAGUUUAAUUUCCUUGAUGUUAAAUUAGACUUAAAAUCCGGGAAACACAGGCCGUUCGUGAAACUGAACGCCCAGCCGAUCUAUGUUCACUAAAACUCAAAUCACCCCCCUGCAAUCACAAGGAACAUUCCUAAAGCCAUUGGUGAAAGACUGCAAUCCCUUUCGUCUGGCGGGAUGGUAGCAGAAGGAUCAGAUAACGUAUAUACGACGGCGCUUCAAAAGGCGGGAUAUAACGUAAGGUCGUUGGGUAAUAACUUUAAAACAAACAAUUCUCGCCCCAGUGAAAAGAAAAGACGCAACAGAAGAGUGAUUUUGUUCAACCCACCUUAUUAAAAAUGUUAGAACGAAAAUUGGACAUAUAUUCCUCCAGUUGCUAGACAAACAUUUCCCUCGCGGAAGCAAGCUUUACCGAUUAUUUAACAGAUCCACAGUAAAAGUUAGUAACUGUCGUAUAAAAAACAUAAAGCAAAUUAUUCACGGUCACAACAAGAAAAUUCUAAAAAAAUAUGUCAGUUAGUACUCAAGAUAAGAAAUGUAAUUGUAGAUUUCCCAGCAAGUGUCCUUUGAGAGGAGAACGUGUCUAACAAUAUUGUGUACCAAGCAACAGUUACUGGUUACUACAAAGAACAAAUGCAUGAAAUAUAUAGGCCUUUGUGGUGGGCAAUUCAAGUUGAGAUAUAAUAAUCACACUAAGUCAUUUUGGGACAAAAAACAUGCUGUAGAAACUAAAUACAUUUGGAAAUUAAAAGAAAGUAAAACUCAGUAUGACAUUAGAUGGGACGUCAUAAAAAAUCAGCGCCACAAAGGAGAAAUCAGCACCUAUGCAACCUUUGCCUGGAUGAAAAACUGUUAAUAAUGGUAACACCAGAUACUCUAAAUAAAAAAAACUGUAAUAAUCAAUUACCAUGUGUCAUCAUAAGGUGACGUAACUGACACGGCGCGCGACGUAAGUGUCGUCACGCCGUGUAGAUAAAGGGCUAAAAACCCAUUUUCAAAUAAAAACCUCCUGGCGAGCGGGCAUACCUUCUGGGUAUGCCCGUGAAACUCGGAGUCGGGGUUGA